AUGGGAACAUACAGAAAGAAGCGAAGCAAGUUGCAUGUUGGAAAAUAUCACACAGCUGCAGAACAUAGGCAUAUGCAAGCAAGACAAAGAGCAGCACAACAAAGAGAAGCAAUUGCUGCACACGGUCUUGCAUCAGGGCAAUAUUUCCAACGGUACUACGAGAAUUUGCAAACGAAGCAGUUUGGACAUCCACUUUUCAACUUAUCAAUUCCAACACCAUCAGUGGUGGAAGCACAGUUUCUCAAUGAUGAGGUUGAUAUGUAUCUCUAUCGGGUUAAUGCGAUGCAGAAGUUCAAGUCUAGUAGUGAUAUGCUUGAAAACUUGACCGUUAAGGCAAUUCCAUCAUCGAGAAUCGUGCCUCCACGCUCUUUUCCGAGAAGCAUGAUUGAGGAAAAGAUAUUCGACUCGUCGAAAAUUCCAGAAAAGCAGGCCCACGAGUACCUAAAGAAGCGGGUGGCACAAAAUGCGCUUGGAGACUUCUUUGUGGGUGAUCUUGAGGCAAUGCGGGUGCUUGACAGCUCGCUAAAGGAGCAAGUGAAGAAACUGGAGGAUGAAAAUCAGUCCGAUAAGGAUGAAAAGAUAUCCGGAAGAUACAUAUUGGAGACAGAGGUGCAGGACCAGCUUCAUAAGCUGUAUGCCAAGUACGCUCCGGGCAAGAUUCCGGAGUAUAAGAUGCUGUACUCGGAGAUAUUGGACGAUUUCCAUUCGAAAACAGGAAGAAAGAUCGAAAUAGGUGUAAAGAUGAGGACGCACAGCGUCGAAAGAUACAGUGCAACGAGAAAAGGUGUGACGUAUGCAGAGUACAAGUCGGUGAAGCAGAAGCUCGUGAAGGAGGUUGAGCUGAGGAAGCAGCAGGAAGAGAAAGAGAGAAGAAGAAAGAAGGAGGAGGAGGAACAGAGAGAAAAGAAGAAGAGAGAAGAGGAAGAAAGAAGGAGGGAAAGGUUGAGGAAAGAGCAAGAAGCGAGAGAAAAGGCAAAGGCGGAGGAGGCAGAGAAGCAACUGCAUGCGAGAGAAGAAGCAGAGAAGCAAUUACAUGCAAGAGAAGAGGCAGAAAAGCAAUUGCAUGCAGGAGGGAAGGCUGUGCCACCUCAAGUGCAGGCCAGUGCCACAAGUGUGCAGAAUGACGACCAGCCAGAUGCACUAAACGACUUGUUUGGCACUGGAAGUGGUUCCGGGUUCGAUUUCGGCAAUCUCUAUACGAGUGGCGAGGAAGACAUCGACUUGAAUAAUGGAAAUGGAACCAAUGAGUUUGAGGAGUUGAACGAUCACAUGUUUUUGGGCAAUCUGGAAUGA